AUGACCACAGCCAACGGCUACGGGGCUAUAGACGGAGGCUCAUAUACUGGGAGUCAGCCAAAUCAGGGCUAUGAAGAUGAGGACGUCCCUCUCCUCGGGAAGAAGGACUCCCAUGCAACUCUCGUUCACUUUCGGGACUACCUGAAGGAAGAUAUCGACAGGCGCUGGGCGGACCUGUUGCUGUUGUUGUCUUAUGUUAUCACGGGGCUCCUCGACAGCUCGGCAGUAUUCAUCUGGGGCUCGUUUGUGAGCAUGCAGACCGGCAAUACCGUCUACCUUGGGCUAGGUCUGGUUGAACCGACCAAAGGAACUCGAUGGAUUAGGUCACUCACCUCAAUCGCUUUCUUUUGUUUUGGUUCCUUCUGCUUCAGUCGGUUCCACCGCCACUUCUCGCCAAAGCGACGUUGGGUCCUCCUGGCCUCGUUCGCCACACAGCUGCUCCUGGUAGUGGUGGCUGCUGUCGUUGUCAUGGCUGAUAGCAAGCAAGGAAAUGACCUGCGUUGGGAAGUCAUUGUCCCUCUCGCAUUGGUCGCGUUUCAGAGCAGUGGACAAGCUGUGACCAGUCGGGCUCUGCAAUACAACAGCCUCACCAGCGUCGUUUUGACGAGCAUCUACUGUGACCUGUUCUCUGAUCCUCUGAUCAUGGCAGGACUUUCCCAGAAUGCAGAAAGGAAUCGAAGGGCUGCGGCUCCCUUGUUGCUUCUGGCAGGAGCCAUCUUCGGCGGGCUUUGGGCACAUAGUCCGGUUGGACUUGCUGGUGCAUUGUGGACGGCAGCAGCAUUGAAAAUUUGCAUCAUUCUUGCAUUCUUCCUAUGGAGAGCUCAACCAUCAACGCCAACCCGCUGA